CUCUGGGAGAUGAGGAACGAACCAUCCGUCAUCACCUGCUUUGUUGGGGUUCCUGGAGCUGCCCCCACCCCCCAUGGGUGUCCCUGGAAUGGAGGAGCCCAUGGAGCUGCUGGGAGAUCUGGGAAUCAGCAGCACCUCUGGAUCAUUUUGGGAUGGGACACGGCUGCUUGUGGGAACAGGGAGAAUCCCUCGGCCCCGAGAGAUGGCUCCAGCAUCCUGGGAAUGGCAGGAAAAGGCACUUCAGAGCCCUCAAGGCCAGCAAGGCCCAGUGGAUUUUUGGGUCCCAGGCUCCUGGCCAUUGGUGGGAGCCUUCCAACUGGAUCUGCCCCGGGAUCUGUGUCCAGCUGCAGCCGGACCCUCUCCAGGUGCUGCCUUUUGGGGGGACUCAGCCCUGGGUUGACCCUCCUGCACCCCCUGAACUGCCAAGAAGCCCCAAUCCAGGCAGCACCUUCAACCCCCCUGGAUGGAGGGAUCCCAUGAGCAGCUUCCAGCCUGGAUGGAGCCCUCUGCACCUGAAGGGACGAACCAGCUCCGAUCUCCUGGAAUUUGGAAUCCCCUUCUCGCCUCGCUUUCCGCGGCAGCGGCUUUGUGUGGAUGAAGGGAGAAGAGUCUGGGAGCCAAGUGAUCCGUCACUGCUCCAAGCCUGGAUGGACCUGGAUGCUCCCAUCACCCCCGGAGCUUCAGAGCUGCCCCACGGCUCCGGCUGCCCCACGGGCUGGCGUUGGCAGACAGGGAACUGCGGUGGGAAGAACACGGACCUGCCCCGUCUCCGGCAGCGUCGCCCUGGUUCUGCCGUGGGAACGGCCUGGAGCUCCUCCAGACCCACCCGCUCGCUCCCGCCUCUCCAAAGGAUCCUCCGGGAGCGAGGGAUCGAUCCUGCCCCGCUGGGCACCUGGGCCGAGCCCUGCCGGGGCGGCCGCGUGGGAAGGAGCCGGAUCAGCGCCGGGAGCUGGGGAUGCUCUUGGAAAGAGGCUGGGAAUAGCUGCGGGCCGCGGAGCCGGCGGGGCAGGGCGCGGCGGGGCUGGCUCAGCACCCGCGGGGGGCCGGCAGCCGGCCAGGUCCGGGGGCUGAGUUUCGGUGGGUUGACUCAGCAGGGAGGAGGGUGACGGUGCCGGCGGUGGUGCCGCGUUCACCGCGCGCCGCGUUCGGCACCGCCCGGCCCUGGGAGCGCGGCUGCCGGGAUGCCCCGGGGGCCGGGAAGGGCUCUGGGAUGCCACGGGGCGAGGAGGGGCAGGGAGGGGGUGAGUCCGUGCCUCCAGGGGUUCUCGGUGGCCCCACGGUCCUGCCCUGGCACUGUGGCAGCCGCUCCUGCGUGCCGAGGCCGUGGAAUGUGGCUCUUCCUUCCCACCACCGGGAGUGAUGGCUCCAGCCCUCUCCUCCUCGCUGGGAAUGUCCCCCUGUUACACUGGGAAGGACACUGGGCCCUUCCCAGCACCCUGGAGGGACUUGGUGCCCUGGGGACAUUAGUCUGUGUCCCCACUGGCUGGGGGACGGGGCCAGGCCUGUGUCCCCCCCCAGAGAUGGAAGGAUCUGGCACUGGUGGAGUGAAAAUUCCCGUUCCAGGUGCCCAGGUGCCUUCUUGGGACACGUGUGUGGGGCUGAGGAGCCCGGGGUGCUCCGUGUCUGCGUUGGGGGCUCAGCAGUGUGGAUGCAGCACCCCGUGUCCUGUCCCAGCCUGGGACCCCCCUGGGCACCGUGGCUCUGCUGGGGGGUCCUCACGGGUGAAUGUGGGAUAGAAGGGUGGGGAUCCACCAGCACAAUUCCCACCCCACGGGACAGAUCCAUGUGGCUCCCAGGGCUGUCCCCUGCCCGUGGCUGGGAAGGGGGUGCAGGACCCCUUUGCCACCCCCCUGCAGUGCCCACUGCAGCCCUGGCAGCCCACCCCAAGCAGUGGGAGGCUGCAGAGAUGGGGAGGGACAAGGAUUCAUCCCACAGAUGAGAUGGAUCCCUCCCCUGGCACCGCACUGUGGGGGCUCAGGCUCUCCCUGACCAGGCUUGGUGGCCCCGGGCGAAGGGUGAGAUGCCACCCUGGAGCCCCUUUCCCACUCCCCUGCCCCAAAACUGGCCCCUUUCCCAUCAGCUGGGUGCGGGGGGCUCCGUCAGAUCCCACUGCCCGCCGGGGCCACGCGGGCGGCCGGGAUCCGGUGUCAGGAGGUAAUUUUAGCCGGGGGCAGUGGAGGCCAGAGGGACGCGCCGGCCCCGCCGGGGGCUUCGUGGGGCUGCCACCCCAGCCCCCUGUCACAGACCCCACCACCAAAUCAACGCUUU